AUGGCUUCACAAAGUCCGUUAUUGCUCGGCCUCAAUCGAAGACGGUGGACUCUCAACCUUUUAAGAGGCACUAUUCAGGAGUUAGUCAGAGAGAAUUACCGUAUCGAGAUACAUCAGCCAGGGGAAACGAGACCCGUCCUUAUGCGUCGGCUAGACGACCUGCUGCACGGACUUUCACCAGAGACUGUCAAUAUGCUCACCGAAAGACAUAGGCAAAGAAACUGGCGUCAGGAAGAUAUCGUCAGAUAUAGCCAUGCCGCACGACCUAUUGCUAGAAGAGUAGUACGUUGUCGUUGUGCUGCAGUUAGGGCCAACGGAGUUCAACCGCGAAUCAGAUCGAACCUUAGAAAUUCGGAGCUGUCUAUAGACGCACAAGCAGCGCGCAAUUCACAAAUAUUACGGGCUGUUAGCGGACUGACCGAUGAAUGGAGGAGACGCAUUUUAGAGCUGGAAGCGGCGAAUAAUGGAUUGAUGACUCAGGUCUCAGAGUUUUUGGAGGCUGAGGCAAGACGAGGAAUAGAGGCGGAGGCCAGACGAGGAAUAGAGGCCGACGAAUUGAGGGGACGCAAUUUACAGUUGGAGAUGGCGAAUACUGAAUUGACGACCAAGUUACGCGAGCUCGAGCGCGCUGCAACUGCUCAAGAAAUAGAGAAGUUGAUUUUGAAAGAUCGCACUGAAAAUUUGGAGGCAACCCUAGCCCCCAGAAACAGACGCGUUUCCAUGCUAGAGGCUCCUAUAAUUCAUAUGUAG